UGUUGUUAUCAAAACAACAAAAAACACGUGAAAUUAUUAAAAAGUAAAUAAAUACAAUUUUGAAAGGAAUUUAAGGCGGAUAUGUCCUCCCCCAGUGAAUCUUCAGCAGCUUCAGAGCACGAGGCAUCCAGUGAAGACGAAACUCAGAAUGCCAUUCGUGAUGAUCUCAAGGGAAUGUCUUUCGAAGAGAUAAUGAAACUCAAAGAAGAACUAGGCGCCAAGGUUUACAAAGAGGCCGUUCUUGGGGGCAAAAGUUCAAGACCCCAGAAACCCAAAGCCAAAACUGACCUCAAACGCCUGAAUAAAAACCGACCCCGUGAAAUGAGCACCAGGCGACAGGUUCCAUUUUUGGGGGCAGAGCAUCGAGUGGAGAAGAAAAACGCUUUUGAACUUCGUGAUCCUAGAUUCGAUGAGAAAUCGGGAACUUAUAAUGCUGAAACCUUUAAGAAAAACUACAAGUUUGUCUCCCAAAUUCGUGCGAAGGAAGUUGGUCAGCUGAAAAAGCAAUUGGACGAGGUUGACGAUGAUCAGGAAAAACACCAGAUAAAGGACACCAUGCAACGGCUGAUCAACAAGAAUGUGGAGGACAAGAGGUGGCACACCAAACAGAAGCAACUCAAAAAGGAGCGCUCUGGCAUUCAGAAAAAACACAACCUGGGACAACAGCCUCACUAUCUUACAAAGAAGGAGCGUCGUGCCAAGGAGCUGGUAGCGCAAUUCGAAAAACUAAAAAAUACCGGAAAACUUAAUAAACACCUGGAAAAGAGACGCAAGAAGAAUGCCGCCAAGGACCGUAAACGCAUUGGCAUAGAAUAAGAUCUUCGUUUUAGAUAUAAAUGUAUUUUUAACAAUUAAAGACAAAGUGCUAAUUAUCAAACUUA